CUGUUUUGGGCCUAAAGCCCAAAUAUUGCCUAAAACAUUUUGUUGAGAGACAAAAACGAAAAAGCCUAAAACGCUAUCUCUCUCCGUCUCUGAUCCUCAAAAACUAAUAACACUACACUUGCACUGCUCUGCGCUUCCAGCAUCUGUAGUGAAAACAAACAUGCAGCAGGGUGGAGGAUCUGAAACAGAGGUGACUUGGGAGGACCAGCAGAACAUUAACAAGUUUGGAAGAUUAAACAACCGCUUUCACGAGCUUGAGGUUGAGAUCAAAGUUGCCAAGGAAUCAAAUGAAAAUCUGGAGGAUGCUAGCAACGAACUGAUUCUCACUGAUGAGGAUGUGGUUCGGUUCCAAAUAGGGGAAGUCUUUGCCCAUGUGUCAAAGGAUGAAGUGGAGGCCAGGAUAGAACAGAUGAAAGAGGUGACUACCAAGAACUUGGAAAAACUUGAGGAAGAGAAGGAUUCUGUAGUUGCACAGAUGGCCGAAUUGAAAAAGAUUUUGUAUGGGAAGUUCAAUGACUCCAUCAAUCUAGAGGAGGAUUGAUAUGGAUAAGCUGUAAUUUUCCUAUAGUUUUGUUGCUUGUUCAUGUUGAUGACAUGAUUCCCCUUGUUGCUAUGUAAUUAGGGAAAAUGACUUGCUGGAAAUUCUAUUACCAUUUACCCCGGUUGUCAUCACCAUUGUCUUUAGAUAGUUCACUUAAUUAGUGAAUGUUUAUCAGUCUUUUUUGUCAUGUAAAAUGACUUGGUUUCUUAUGCUUAAAUUUUAAACGUAUUUUGUUUCAUGAAAGUAUUUUAUUAAUAGUUUUUAUUUUC